AUGUUUGUGAAUGGCGGUAUAUUACUGUUGAUAGCAGGGGCGUGUGAGGCGCAAACAUGUAUAGUUAACGUUGGGUCUGAGACAGUGACACAAAGUACUGACUUGUCUAGUAUUGAAAGGCGGGUUACCAACAUUGAAGAAGAAUUGGAACGUUUGAAAGGCUCUGGCAAUGAGGAAAGCACUGAUUCGUGUUGCGAUGCUAUCUACAAAAGUGGAAAACGAGAAAAUGGUAUAUACACCAUCUCCCCGGACGGCCGAUGUCCGUUUGACGUCUUCUGUGACAUGACAAACGGUGGAUGGACAGUCAUACAGAAACGAUUCGAUGGAAGUGUCAAUUUCUACAAACCUUGGACCACGUACGUCAAUGGUUUCGGCAGCCUGUCAGGGGAACACUGGCUUGGGCUUGAGAAGAUUCACCGGCUAACGUCCCAGCCCGUCGAUAUAUAUUUCAACAUGACCAGGACCGCGGACCGGGGUAUCGAUUACGCGCAUUACAAGUACUUCACUGUUCAAGAUGCUACGACAAAGUACACAAUGUGGACCAACAGUGAUGGGUAUGAAGGAACACUUCGAAAAACAGUAUUUACUCUUCACAACGGUAUGAAGUUCACCACAUAUGAUCAAGACAAUGAUGCACAUCCUACACUGAAUUGCGCAGAUCCCCACCACGGGGCUUGGUGGUUUAAAGCGUGCUACCAGCUUGGAAACAUGAACGGACUAUUCGGUGUAAGCGAUAGUACAGGGCUUAACUUUCAUAACGGAAGUUAUAUCGCUCUCUCGGAAAGCACAAUUAAAAUUAAAAUGACAAAAGAGGAUUGCCAAUGA